UCGACGACCGCCGAUUGUUUGCUAAUUUUUUUGUAAAAAUAUUUUAGUUCAAUUUUUACAAUGGACGAUCGGUUAUAUAUUGUUAAUUCAUUUAUUUACACUUUUACUUUAACGUAAACAUGGUGCUUUUUAUUUAGAACGUUGUGUUAAUUUAUUUUUUAUCGAUGUUGAUCAAAAUGAUACCAGGGAUUCACUCACAACAAAGGAAUCCUCUCGUUUUUUUGGAUAUCUCAAUAGAUGGGGAAUACGCCGGGCGUAUUGUAAUAGAGCUGAGGAGCGAUGUGGUGCCAAAGACAGCGGAGAACUUCCGAGCUUUAUGUACGGGAGAAAAAACCAUCACCACCAAUGGAAAACCUUUACAUUUUAAGGGCUCAAAAUUUCAUAAAGCGAUAGCACAAUUCAUGGUGCAAGGGGGAGACAUAGUGAACGGCGAUGGUACAGGCGGCGAAAGUAUUUACGGGCCCACAUUCGAAGAUGAGAACUUCAUCUUGAAGCACGAAGAAGGCGUGCUAAGCAUGGCGAAUAGAGGCCGGCCGCACACCAACGGCUCUCAGUUCUGUAUCACGACUGUCGAGUGUCCGCAACUGGACGGCACCAAUGUUGUCUUUGGGCGGGUGCUGGCCGGGCUAGGACUGGUGCAUGAGAUCCAGGCGUGUAGCGAGGACACACGGCCGACUGUGGAGUGCAUGAUAGUGGACUGCGGCGAGAUAGAAGGCGAAUGGGACACGCGCUGCUGUGACGGCACGCCCGACCGCCUGCCUGAUUACCCCGCUGAUAUGCCACGCCUGCACCUCUUGCCGAUAGAGCAGCUAAUGUCCAGUAUUAAAGACGUGAAGUGCAGCGGGAACCUUUUAUUCAGCUCCGCGCGGUACAAAGCCGCCGCGCGAAAGUACCGCAAAUGUUUGCGAUACGCGGAACACGCGUGCGAUGUCUUGCAACGGGAGUGCGCGGAACAGCAAUAUACAUUCGGCGAGGUGUUAGCGACGUACGCGCAGCAGUGCCACCUCAACCUGGCCGCGUGCUACAUGAAGCUGGAAGACUACGCCGCCUGCAUCAAGAGCUGCUCCGAGGUACUAGAAACGGACGGUCGGAACGAGAAAGCGCUUUACCGGCGAGGCCAAGCGAACUUCGCCCUUAAGAACUACGACGCAGCUCUCUCGGACCUCAAGCAAGCCGACAAGGCGUCCCCCAACAACAAGGCCAUCCAGAAACUUCUAGAAGAGGUAAGAACCUCCAACAAAAUCUACAAUGACAUUCAAAAACAACGGCUGUCAAAAUUUUUUCGUGACCAAAAAGAGAAGAGCCUCGCAAUCGGGCAUAACUGAGCUAAGACUGAAGGUAGUUAUAUAUAAUUUUGGUAUUUGAAAGACUGUGUCCUUACUGAUCCGUAGACUCGUCGACCGACUAGUCGUUCGUUAGUAAUUUUCUUGUUCUGUGGAGAUAAUUUAUAAUUUAAAUCAAUUAGUUGGUCAAGGAGUCGUCGGACCGUGCAUGGUCGUAGCGGCCUCAAGACAUGGGUGCUUUUUUGAAAGUAUUAGCUUUUUAACAAAAAUAAGAGGUGUGUUGUUUUGGUCGACCAAGUUUGUAGACUGUAGUUGAACUUUGACAUGACUGUAAGGGGGUGGCUACACGGAUUUGAUAGUUAUUUGACCAAUAAAAGUUGUUAUUUUGCCUAAUAAUUACUGUUUACUUUCUAUUAAAUCCUUUUUUUUCUCAUCUUAGUCCUAUUUCAUUACUGGAUGGUCUAAUUUUCAUCAAAAUGAAAUUAUACUUGUAUUUAAAUCCACGUAAACAUAAACGAAACGCAUAAUUAUGCCUGUGUGAAGCUAAAUUCACUACGAUGGUAAUUUUAUUGGUCAAAUCUAUCAAACCGAUUUUGAGACAGACCUCAUGUAGCUACCCUCCCCAUCAUUUAGUCCAGUUUGGCCAAAAUGUUCUAAUAUUGUGUUUAUAACUGCUGAUCUAGAAUAUCUAAACUCGAAAUUAUCCUGAAUGUUUGGUUUACUUUAUUUUUUAAAUAACUAACAAAUUAUCUUUAUAAUUUUAGAGUAUCCUCUU